GAGGCACACGCCGCAAGCGCAGCGGCACGGCAGCGGGAACUGGCACGGCGGGGCCGAGCUGAGCUGAGCCGAGGUGCCGGCGGAUGUCUCACGGGACAAAUCAUGGAGCUGGGAAAGGCGAAGCUUCUGAGAACUGGCCUUAAUGCCUUGUACCAAGCAAUUCACCCCGUGCACGGCCUUGCCUGGACAGAUGGGAAGCAGGUGAUACUGACUGCUUUACACCUUCAUAACGGAGAGCCGAAAUUCGGUGACUCGAGUGUUGUCAGUCAGUUUGAACACGUCCAUGGGCUCUACUGGGGCCCGUGUCCCCCCGAUGCUCCCGCUCUGCUCACCGUUCAGCAUAAAAAGCACAUCACCAUUUGGCAGCUCUGCUUUAACGCUACAGAGAGAAACAAGCUCUUGGUGUCCCAGAUCUGCGACAUCAGCGAGCCGUUCCCGGUGCUCCCCCAGGGCUGCGUGUGGCACCCGAAGAAGGAGAUCUUGGCCGUGCUGACCACACGGGAUGCCUCUGUCUUACACUCUGUUCACCUCAACAACUCUAGGAUUAAAGCAGAUAUUAAAGGCAGCGGGCUCAUCCACUGUGCUUGUUGGACCAAGGAAGGCAACCGUUUGGUCGUGGGUGUGGGCAGUGCCCUUCAUUCUUACAUCUGGGAUGAUGCUGAGAAAACACUCAAUGCUUGUUCUUUUUGCCCAAUCUUUGACGUGGGAGGCUACAUCUGUGCAGUGGAAGCUACUCUGAAUUUCCAAGUUGCUGUUGCCACUGAGCUUCCUCUAGACAAGAUCUGUGGCUUAAAUGCUGGUGUUGCCUUCGAGGUUCCGGCGAGCCUCGAAACAGAGUCCUUGCCCUCCCAGUCCAGCCUGGGCGGGGAGGAGGAGUACUCCAUGGACACAGGGAGCAAGUUGCUGGACUCAGAGAAGCCUUUAUCUGCUGUUACGUCUCCCGUGGAUCUAACUCACAUCCUUUCUAACAAGCAGGCUGCCGAUUCCAGUUCUCUUCUUCAUCUGAGGCACAAGGACUAUCUAACGGGAAGCGGCCAGGACUCUUCACAUCUCAUCUUGGUGACUUUUGAAAGAAAGGUUACCUCUACCAAAAAAGUUAGCAUCCCGGGCAUCCUGGUACCUGACAUGAUGGCUUUCAACCCCAAAACUCAAACCGUAUCGGUUGCCUCCAAUACCUGUAAUGUCAUUUUAGUCUAUUCACUGACUUCAUCCAAUUUACCCAAUAUUCAACAAAUUCAGCUAGAGAAAAAUGAUAAACCAAAGGGUUUGUGCUUCUUGACCAAUAAAUUGUUGCUGAUACUGGUUGGAAGACAAAAAUUCACCGACCCUGCAUUUCUCCCCUCUUCAAGAUCAGACAAAUACAUGAUCCGGUUGAUGAUUAAGGAACUAAUAUUUGAAACGACUCCUCCGACAUCUGCACCAGUUAACGGGAGCUCCGGUUUGAGCCUGUCAAACACACCUCAUGAUCUCUCUGCAGAUGUUCACCCUCUCAGCCGUGGCCUCUUGAUUCCAGACCGUGCUGCCCUUCAGUCCCCUACCAGCAGAAGGAAACUCAUUGAAGAAAUUAAGAGUCCUAUUUAUGAGCAGAGCUUCUUGUUGAAUGUGAAUGACCUCAAAGAUAAGAAGCUUGCUGUGAAUUUUCCUCCAGCUGUUGAGCCUCUCGAUGCCGAACCAGUGAACCGGACUGCGGCACUGUUUGCCACCUCGCUGCCCUUCUCUAACAAGCCAACGUCUCCAAAGAGGCAGGCAGAUGCAGCUUCCAAAAUACCAAACUCUUACAAGAAUAACCUAUUGAGUGAAAAGGAGGCGAGUUACUUUUCAAAAAAUGUAGAAAAACUGUCCAGUAACUUCACAGAACUACAGCAGCAUCUCUGUGAAUUAACUGAGCUGCUAAAAGGUGGGAAGAGGAACCUGCCAGUGUACCCAUCUUCUCAGGAACCCUCGUUUAUUAACAUCACCUGCCAGAAGCAGCUUUCCAGAAGUGACUUGGAUGAAAGACGAGCUGUUAUGCUUUGUGGUGGUAAACUCCAUCUAAAUACAGUCCAGCAGAUAUUCAAUCUGUCUCUUGUAGAGAUGCAACACGGUUCAUCGUGGAUUGUGCUGACAGCGGACAGCGAGGGCUUUGUCCCGCUCCUGUUCACACCUGCGCAGGAGCUCGUUGUCAGAGAUGCCACUGCCAAAGGCUACAGCGUCCGCUCCUCCAAAACCCUGGACAUCAUCAGUUCUACAGAAGGGUGUAGACCCGCUGCUUCUGAAAGUCUGGAUAUCACGAGUUCUGUGGAGGUCCUCAGAGACUGCUCCUCCAAGCCUUCAGACAGCAGCGGUGCUUCAGAGCAGCCCAGCAGUACGAUGUAACACUUGGCCGCAAUUAGGUAGCACCUGUUCUACCAUGGCAGACUUUUAAAUUUACCGUGUAGGACUGCAAAUUCCAAACAAUAGUCUGUCUCAAAUCUCUGUUGGAUUUCUAUGGUUUUCUUGUUGCAUAUUACUGUAAAUUAUUUAUUUGAUCCUUGGAAACAUUGACUUUUUUUUUUUACGCUGAGCAGUGUUUUUUGAAUACUCCCUUUGCACUGUAGACCAGGUCUUUGUGUCAGUGAUUGGCAAACACGCUUUCUUACAAGCUUCCGAGACAAGAGUUUCCAUCUUGGUCUUGAAGAUGUUGAUGUUUUUAGAUGAUAGUAAAGUUGCGUAAUAAAGA